UGGCGGAUCUCGAUCAUGGCCGACCCCGGCCGAGUCCGUUGCUGAGAGGCAGGCAGGCAGGCAGACGUCGGGAGGGAUAUCGGAGAUGACCUUGCGUAGAAGUGCCAUGGGGCUGCUGACCACCCAUACGGAAACACGGCCGCUGUGUGCUUAAGUCCGCCGUUAGUAUUCCCUGGCCUGGUUAUGUUUGUUCCAAGGCUACCAGAUGGAGGCUGUGUUUGUGCCGUGCUAGAGUUGCAAAGUCCAAGAGAAUCGGGGUAUCUUGACGUUAAUACACUGAUUAUAGGUUUCCCAGGAUUGGAGUUAAAUCAAGUGCAGAGGCAAGUGUUCCCCAAUCUCACAAUGCGAAUUCCAUGCACCACCGCAAGGAGUCUCUCAUGUGCACAGACCAGACCCUGGAACUCGAACAGCAUCGGCACAGCUCCUCCGGCUCCGGCACCGGCUCCACCUCUUUCGAGGGGCCUGUCAAUGUUGGCCUUGGCCUGCAUUACUGUACACUGCGGCCCCGCAGUUGUCCCUUUCUCUCCCGAAACACCCACAUGGGGAGCCUCCACUGAAGCACAUGGGAACGUUAUCGAUUUCAUCGAGCCCAGAAAGGCCACAAUCCAUCGAUACGUAACGCGGUCCCGGUGGGGGUCAUAGACCUCCUUCCCCCAAUUGACAACUGUGUCCCGUCGCGAAACCCCAAGCAGCCUCAAGCAACCCUUUUUUGUAUUGUGAGAAGCUUCACGUCCCCAACAACAACAAUUGCGUUGCGCACCAGCCAACCCACCUCGCGCGC